CGAAACGCCAAAGAAGCAACAACAAACAAAAAUGUUAAAAUCUGUGAUACUAGUUUUUUUGCUUGGAGUUUUUUCCGCUAAUACGCAAAAGUUAAAUGUAGAAGUUUUAUUUGAGUCCCUCUGUCCAGAUAGUUUAAGGUUUAUUAGUGAACAAUUGUAUCCAAAUUGGAAUGAUAUUUCUGAAUAUGUUGACCUUAAAUUCGUCCCAUUCGGAAAGAGCGCAAGUUUAGAAGGCGGAAAAGACUUUGUUUGCCAACAUGGCCCCCAAGAAUGUAAAGGAAACAGAAUUUUAUCUUGUGCCAUAGAAAAUUUACCAAACCAAAAUGACCAAGUGGAAUUUGUAAACUGCUUCAUGCAAAUCUACAAAAGAACUCGUAAACACCCCAUGGAAGACGCUCAACAGUGCUCACACAAAGUCAACUUGGAUUUUAAACAACUAAUUGGCUGUUACAACUCAGAACAAGGCACCCAUUUACAGUUGAACGCUGAGAAAUCCACCGUUAAAUUCCAACCUAGAUUUAUACCCACCGUUUUAUACAACGGGGAAUUCAAGCAACAAUUACAGGACAUAAGCCUGGUGAAUUUUAGAGGUUUGGUCUGCGAAUUAAUUGGAAAGACUUUCCCAGAGUCUUGUAAAAAACUUUCUACCAUAUCUUUGUGAAUUUAUGCAUUACUCACACAAUAAUACAUAAAGAAUUAUUUUAUUUAUUUAACAUUAUAACAUUAAGUUAAGUAAUUAUUUAAAUAAAUUAUAUUUUGAACUAAGU